GUCUGUCUGCCUGUCUGUCUGCAGGCUGAGUUUUCAGCGCUUCCUCUGAACUCGCGGAGUUUUUCUCCAAACUGAUGAAAGUUUUCCAGCAGUUCAAACCAAACCCAUGAGAGGAGGAAGAAAGCGUCGCUUCUCCAACUUUACAUCCGCCUUCUUCUCUCCCUGAGCAGGACUGGAGGUGGAGGCAGAGUGUGAGUUUGUCCGGAGCUGAGGCGGUGUGUUGCGGGGACAGAUGCGGCGUUGAAAGGCUGCGGGACGCGGCUGCGGGUGUUGGAGGAACAGAGAGAGGACCUAAGCAUGAUGUUCAGCGGAACUGAUAGCUGACACCGUAGAAUGAGAGAGGAUGGAACAGACAGACAGCCCUGCCUCCGAGAGCAGAAACCCUAACGGGUUUGUCAACAGAGUGUUCAACGUUUCCCUGGAUGUGGAGAACGAGACGGGCAGCGUUUGCAUUCAGCAGACGGGGUUGGGGCCCGUAGAGGUGCAGAGAGAGAGCCAAGCUGCCUCCUCUCAGACCCCUGUCAGGGACAGACAGGAGGUCAACCGGAGGGCCCGUGCCAGCGGCGGCAUCUGGCGCAUCUUAAACCGAAAGAGAGCCGUCUCAGAGCUGGAAAGGAGACCCCACUCCAUGAUUCUGCCCGGGGAGGCCACCAUCCCUAAGCUCUCCUUCGCAGACAAAGUUCGGUCUUUCAAGAAGCUGAAAUCCCCCGCUGCUUUCAGAGGAAAAGCAGGGAAGUUGUCCACUGCCAAGUUCAGCAACUCCUUGGUGGAUGAGAGCUCUCUCUGCCAUGACGUCGGCACGCCGCAGCAGACCUGUAAAGGCACCCUUCGAAGCAGAGGGAAGAGGCAUUCGUACGCCGGCUAUACUGUAGACUUUGACUGCUCGUUCGACGACCUUGACCUCUCUGCACCAAUAGAGGGCCUUCAGCCCACGGCUGCGGAGGAGGCUGUCAUCCAGAAUGGCUGCAAACCUGACAGAGUUUCCUACCCUAAAAAGAGCAACAGCAACUCAAACAACUGCAACAGAAGCAGCGCAGACUGCGAGGAGCCCAGCGUUAGAAGCAGCCCUAGAGCCCAGCGCAGCGGAGGGAGGAGGCCCAAAGAUGUGUGGAGUUACCUGAGGAGGAUUUCCCUCCUGGGGAAGGGCAACCCUGUGUACUCGGAGAGAAGCUUCGACUCUGAACUCCCCUCGCUAGAAAAGACCAUGGACUCAGACUUUGGAUCCGUAGACUUUGAGAGCGUCAGAGACUUUCAGCCGCCGCCGCCUCCCAAACCUUCCGACACUAAGGGACACUUUGGCGGUCUGUUUAAGUUUUUCACCAGCGUAGCAGAGUCUGCCAGAAAAUGGCGGACAACGUCGCGGUCCUUCUCUCCUCCGGAGGGAGAGAGGACUCCGAUGGCCUCCCCCCAGGCGCCACAGCACUCAGUGGACAACAUUCACAGUGUUUCUCUGACACUCCACAAUGAAGGAUCUUUAAAACUCCAAAGAACAGACUCCACACCUCCCACUGCCAAACCCUCAGCUCCCAGCAGGUCCAUCAGCGAGACUCCAGGACCAACGGCUGCUGUUCAAUCCCCUAAAGUUGCUCUGAAAGCUUUUAGAGCUUCUUCUGGAUCUCAGGCUGUUAAUGGCCUUCAGAUCACAGGCAAUGUGACAAACCACAAACCAUCGGCUGCUGCAGAGAAUCAUGUUCAGGAUUCGAGGAUAAACACAGAGGGUGAUGCUCAGCGGUGGAACUGUCUCCAUCAGGAGGAAACGGUCCGGGAACAGAAAGGAAAUGAGCAGGAUUCCAGUGAUGCACCGCUUGACUUCCACCAAGUUCAGGAAAUGAGUAUCCAAUCACAACAAGGGGAUAAAGAGAGCACAACCAAUAGCGUAGCAGCCUCCGAUUCCACUGAAGAAAUAUUCAAGCUGUGUGAGCAGAUUGCCAGCAAGACGGGCGGCAGUAUGAGGCAACCCGGAGAAGCCGCGCCUCAGUCUAGCACAGAGAGAACCUGUGCGCCUCACAGGCGGCUGCUCCACCGUCCUCGACCGUCCUCAGCUGUGCUGGAUCUGUGGAGGCCCAACCCGGAACGAGAGCUCUACGGCCAUUAUAGCGAGGUGGGCUCCCUGCCCCGGCUGAGACGCAGGCCGGCUGCUGCCGUGUCACGGAUGGCUGCGCGCUCCAGGCCUUGCUCUGUCAUAGAGAGCAGUGUUACUAGAGAGACGCAGUCCACGGAGCUGCCUCACAGAGCCUUGUCUCGCCCGCCGGGGGUGUCACCACUAGAGCCCCCACAAAGGGCAUCUCUGCAGCGGUGUCGCUCCCUGCCUCUUCCCCCCAGCACGCUCACUGCCUUGGCUUUGCUCCUGCCUGCAUCAGUGGAGAUGGGUCAAGCGUCAUCAUCAGUGCGCCUGAGGUCUGGAGGCUCAACCAGCUGCAGGAGGAAGAGGCUGCUGAGACCUGGGUCAGAACCGCUGCAGGUCAACAUGUUGAUAAGUGGAGGUUCGGUCGUCAACGCAGAGGCAGUAUGGGACCAUGUGACCAUGGCGGAUCGGGAGCUGGCCUUUAAGGCCGGCGACGUCAUUAAGGUGCUGGACGCCUCCAACAAGGACUGGUGGUGGGGCCAGAUUGAUGAAGAGGAAGGAUGGUUCCCUGCCAGCUUCGUACGGGUGGAACCCCACCCUCCUCAGCCCCAAACAAAACAGGUUUUCUAUAUCAACCCCAUAGCAACUCCACGGUUCCAAAACACAACGUCAAAGCUGUGGGUGAACCAGGAGGACGGAGCGGCAGAGCCGGCCGAGGGGAGCAGCGAGGUGCAGAACGGGCACCUGGAUCCCACCAAUGACUGCCUGUGUCUCGGCUCACCCCUUCAAAACAGAGACCAGAUGAGGGCUAACGUCAUCAAUGAGAUCAUGAGCACAGAGAGACACUACAUUAAACACCUCAAGGACAUCUGUGAGGGUUACUUACGCCAGUGUAGGAAGCGAGUGGACAUGUUUAACGAUGACCAGCUGAAGGUCAUUUUUGGAAACAUUGAGGACAUUUACCGCUUCCAGAUGGGCUUUGUUAGAGAUUUGGAGAAACAGUACAACACGGAGGAACCGCACCUCUCUGAGAUCGGGCCAUGCUUCUUAGAACAUCAAGAUGGAUUCUGGAUCUAUUCAGAAUACUGCAACAACCACUUGGACGCAUGUAUGGAGUUAAGCAAACUGAUGAGGGACGGCAGGUAUCAGCACUUCUUCGAGGCAUGUCGCCUUCUCCAGCAAAUGAUUGACAUCGCUAUAGACGGCUUCUUGCUCACCCCUGUCCAGAAAAUCUGCAAAUAUCCCCUUCAGUUGGCCGAGCUGCUUAAAUACACAGCACAAGACCACAGCGACUAUCGAUACGUGGCAGCUGCCUUGGCAGUAAUGCGGAACGUCACUCAGCAGAUUAAUGAGAGGAAGAGGAGGUUGGAGAACAUCGACAAGAUCGCCCAGUGGCAAGCCUCCGUUCUUGACUGGGAGGGAGACGAUAUCUUGGACAGGAGCUCUGAGCUUAUCUACACCGGGGAGUUGUCAUGGAUAUAUCAGCCGUACGGACGCAGCCAGCAGCGGAUCUUCUUCCUCUUUGAUCACCAGCUGGUCCUCUGUAAAAAGGACCUGAUUCGUCGGGACAUCCUGUACUACAAAGGCCGCAUCGACAUGGAUCGCUACGAAGUCCGGGACGCCAUAGACGGCAGAGACGACGACUUUAACGUCAGCGUUAAGAACGCUUUCAAGCUGUACAACAAAGACAGUGAGGAGAUCCACAUCUUCUUGGCCAAAAAGCCCGAAGAAAAGAUCCGUUGGCUCAGGGCCUUCCACGAAGAGAGAAAGAUGGUGCAAGAGGACGAGAAAAUUGGUUUCGAGAUCUCUGAGUACCAGAAACGACAGGCGGCCAUGACAGUGAGAAAGGUGACCAAACAGAAAGGUGUAAACAGGUGCACGCCCCCCUCAUACCCGCCCCCGCAGGACCCCCUGAGCGCGGGCCAUUAUGAGGUGACGGAGGACAUGGCACAAGGAGAGGUUUUUGAAUUCAGUCAAUCCAAAAGAGGCCAGGGGCCUUUCUGGCAGAAUUUUAGUAGAUUAGCUCCAUUUAAGAAAUAGAAGAACUCAGACUCUUCUGAAGGACCAGCUAUUUUUCUUAGAAGCACUAAACACUGGAUGAUUAUUUUCCAAGAUGAAGAAAAUACACAAAUACACAAGAGACUUUGAAGUUAAGGACCAAUGUUAUUAUAUCAUUUGAUGGGAAACACCAAGAGGAUUUUGAGACUUGAAUUUAAAAAUUGAAAAAAAAAAAAAAAAUA